UACGGGGCCAGGCCAAGCAUACAUAGCAGCAACGGCCCCCCACCCAUUUAUCCACCACCCAUCAUGUCUACAAUACACCUCGCAAGACGCUCCACCUCCGGCAGCACAGCACUCAUCGCUGCCGCCGUCGUCUCGUGUAUCGCAGCGGCGCUGAUCACGCUCGCGGGCUUGUGGUUCUACCACCGCUGGCUCCGACGGAAACAAGCGGGCCGCGCCGACUCGCUCGAGAAAGGCUCCACCCCGUCCUCCGCCGCCUCGUCCCUCUCCGCACCCCCGCCUACCCCCUACCAAGUGAGGCAACCGCGGCGGGCCCGCCGCCCCCUCAUCAUGAAGCCCAGUAUUCCCGACCUGCCUCGCAUCAGCGAGGAGCCGCGCAUGAGCCUCGAGCCGCGCGCGAGCGUGUCGCCGAGUGUGCACUCGCGCCCUGGCACCGUUGUCGGCGGACUACACGGCGAGAUCUUGCGGGCAGAAUCGAGGGAUACAGACAGAGAGGAGGUGAUGGGCGCGUAAGAUAGCGGGGACCCCGCGCGGCUAGAUUGCGGGCAACGGCCAUCCCUCCGUCCGUUCUUGAUCGG